CCGUUGUUGCCGUUCCGGCUGCCACCACCCACUAUAGAAUUCCCGUGAGACCAGGAUACCCACCGUCGCCUCCCGCGUACGGCGUACCCCCAUCGUUUUCCACGUCUGAUUGAUGGAGUCUCUCCUCGCAUCGCGAUCCAUUAGGUCUUCCUUCUCCGCCGUCGCUAGCACCAGGGGCGCUUCCUCCAGGCCCUCGCGCAUCGCCACUCUCGCCGGCGCCGGCGCCGGCGCUCGCCCGCUCCGUGCCGGCCCCAAGGACUCGAUUGUUGAGGCGCUGGCAAAGGAUGAUAUGCUGAACGCAACAGAGGUGGUCCAAUGGGAGAAUGGCAUGACAGUGAACGGCAUAGCGGCUACGCAGGGGAUUCGCAUCUGCAGGCACUGCCGCCCCACUGCCUCCUUGAAGGAGAUACAGGAGGAGCUGGGAGCCCCUCGUAACAUCCUAGAGAAGAUCAUUUGGGACAAGGAGAUUGAAGUAGCCGAGGGGCAUGCUAAGAAGCCUCUGGAGGAGGUGAUUCAGGCUGCACAGAAGGCACCUCCUUCAAGAGACUUCUAUGGUGCUUUAGAAGCUGCCUACAAGCGUAAUGGGGUGCCUGCGUUGAUUGCUGAGGUCAAGAAAGCAUCCCCAAGUAGGGGCGUGCUCAGGGAGAACUUCGAUCCUGUUGAAAUUGCUCAAGCUUAUGAAAAGAAUGGAGCUGCAUGUUUGAGCAUUUUGACAGAUGAGAAGUACUUUCAGGGAAGCUUUGAGAAUCUUGGGAAGGUGCGCACCUCAGGAGUGAAGUGCCCCCUUCUCUGCAAAGAGUUUGUCAUUGAUAAGUGGCAAAUCUAUAAUGCUCGCUCUAAGGGUGCUGAUGCAAUUCUAUUAAUUGCUGCUGUGCUACCAGAUGUUGACAUAAUGUACUUUAUUAAGAUUUGCGCAGAGUUGGGAAUGACAGCUCUUAUUGAGGUUCAUGAUGAAAGAGAGAUGGAGCGUGUGCUGAAGAUAAAUGGAGUUAAGCUUAUUGGUAUCAAUAACCGAAGCCUUGAGACAUUUGUUAUUGAUACUUCAAACACCAAGAUGUUGCUCGAGAAGCAUGGCAAUAGCAUCAGGGAGAAGGGAAUUUUGGUUGUUGGUGAAUCAGGUCUGUUUACUCCGGAUGACGUUGCUUAUGUGCAGAAUGCUGGCGUUUCUGCUGUUUUGGUGGGGGAAUCCCUGGUGAAGCAAGAAUGCCCUGGACGAGCCAUUGUUGGGUUGUUUGGCAAAGAACUGCUGCACUGAAUGAAACGACAAAGAUUGUAGGUACUUGGCUUGGUGGUGAUGAGGUAUUAGGAGCUGUUAGCCAUAGCCUGGUUUGGGUAAUAACAUGUGAGCAUUAGGUACUUGGUUUGGUGGUGAUGAGGUAUUAGUAGCUGUUAGCCAUAGCCUGGUUUGCAGUAAUAACAUGUGAGCAUUAGUUUUAUUAACAAAAUGCCGUAUGUCACAUGCAGAAUAAAAAUAAUGUUCACCUGUAAAUUCCAUUCAGUGUUUUUUUAGUUCUGUGAUGACACAAAUGUUAUCUGUUCAUGACAAAGGGGAUUUCCCAAGAAAGUUAGCACUAUGUUUUUUUUUAAA